AUGGCAAAUCGUACCCUAAACCCACUCGGGGAAAUCGUCAACGGUAACGCAGCUCAACGUCCGUCCCGAGAUACGAAAUUGAUCGGCCGAUAUGUGACGCUAGUCGGCCUGUCCGCAGCCCAUGCCGAUCCGCUGUAUCCACAUAUAUCGGGCCCCGAAAACGCACAUCUCUGGGACUACAUGUUUGAGGGGCCGUACGACGACAUCGCCAAGUACCGGUCUAGUCUAAAGGCUAAGGAGGCUAGCCAGGACCCAAUCUUCUAUGCCAUCCUAUUAAAUGACAAGGUUGCCGAGGCAGAAAACAACGAGGAGAGCGGGAGGGUCGUUGGUAUAGCCAGCUAUUUGCGUAUCGAUCCAAGACACCGCUCUAUCGAGGUCGGUCACCUCAUGUACUCGUCACAGCUGCAGCGCACACCUGCCGCUACCGAGGCUAUGUACCUGAUGCUACGUCACGUAUUCGAGGAUCUAGGAUACCGAAGAUACGAAUGGAAGUGCAAUUCGCUCAACGCGCCAAGUAGAAGAGCAGCUCUACGUCUCGGAUUCACAUACGAGGGGCUCUUCAGAAAGCACUUGAUCGCCAAAGGCCGCAAUAGAGAUACUGCGUGGUAUUCUAUCGUCGAUGACGAGUGGCCCGGUGUUAAGAAAGCGCUUGAAGCUUGGUUAGAUCCUGCCAACUUUGAUAGCGAUGGUAGACAGCGGAAGAAAUUAGAGGAGUUUAGACAAUGA